AUGUAUCGCAAAGCGUAUCAGAAGCACGAAGCCGCCAGCAAAGCCUAUAAUCUGGCCCGUUGGGAGUAUGACUGUCUAUGCGACCCUACUCGGGUUCCUGUCAGAGUCUUGGAUACAUCCACACAUGACCCAAAGAACGACCCCGCGGACGAUGACGUACCAGACGUCCACGGUGCGCUCAGACCCGAUCUGUGCGUGUACUUUGGCGGGGACAGCGUCACCGAUCGCCCCGACGUCGCUCUUUCGGACGCAGAGAAGGACAAGUGGUACAAGGACAAGGUGGCGAACAUCACGGACGAAGAAUCCAAGUCGAUCUACGAACAUCACAGCAAGUGUCUUGGAAAAGCCUCCCUCGCCGACGUUCUUGUGCCGAUCGAAGUCAAGGCUGACCCGAGCGACUCCGCGUUCACGUUCCCUGGCAUCACUCCCGCCGGCAAGAAGGCCAACAAGCAGUCAGUCGUUCGCGAACCGGUCAAAUCACAUGGACAGGUCAACCAGUACUGCGCGGCGAUCCUGGAGAGGCAGCACAGGACCAAGCUCAUUGCGCUAUACGUCUGUCGCUACCAAGCGCGGAUCAUUGUAGUGGAUCAUGGGUCCUUCAUAAUCUCCGAGCCGUUCGGAUGGCGUACGAAGGACGACACGACGCUGUACGAGUUCUUCUGGCGCGUCGCGCUCCUCUCCAGUGGAAAUUCUAAGGGGGUCCUGGGCCUAGACCCCUCGGUCACACGUCAGUCGAGCACCCUCAGACCGGGGUUGCGCGACGAGUGGGUGGCCUACAUCUCGCGCAAGAUGCGCCUCUCCAUGCCCACUUCGCAGUGGCCCUUCUACCGUCUCAGCAUAGGCGGCAAGAAGUAUCUGAUCGCGGCGCCAAGCACCACGACCAGCGCGCUCUUCGGGCCUUCCCGUCGCAUCUUCAUCGCCUACUGCGAGGACGACGACGAGUUGCGCACGGUCAAGGACUACUGGCGACUCGACUCGGACGACCCGAUUCCACUCGAACACGACACUUAUGCCCGCCUCGCUCUCCACAAGGUCAGGAAUGUGCCCGAGUGCGUCUGCGGGGAAGACGUCCGAACCGGUGGACCAGACGGCGACCCGCAGCGUACGGCGACACUGGAUCGGUGGGGGCCCAACCCCAAGGCGAACACGCUCGUGCACUAUCGCAUCGUUUUGAAGCAAGUGUACAAGCCGCUGCUCAACUUCGGCGACUUCCGCAGCUUGUGCGGAUACCUAGUGGACGCCAUGGAAGCGCACCUCGACGCGUGUGAGAAGGCGCGUGUGAUACACCGCUCGAUCAGCAUCUGGAGCGUUGGUCUCUACGUUUUCCCGGGUGAAGUGACCCAGCCUCGCUGCCUGCUCGGCGAUUGGGAGUGGGCGAAGACGCAAGAAGAGAUCGCCCAGAAGAAGGCUCGGCGAGAAGGCGCGUGGUACUUCCAAUCAGCGCUGGUGGCGAGAUUCCCUGCUCGUGGCUACGCCAUCUCGGACGACGUUGAGUCGUUCGUUCACCUCUUCCAGUACACCGUCUUGCGCUUCACCCCGACGGUUUGCACACCACUCUUG